UGGUGCAUUGGACCAGUGCACAGGCUGUACAUAGCAAAAGUUGUUGGGUGUAGGACCACAUUUUGUACAAGUUGGAAAGUUCGGUUCAAUUGUCUUGUGCAAAUGCUAAUUUAUGAGACUGUCUGCCAGAACAUCGUCACCACCAAGACACCAGGUACCCAGCCCCUCCCAGGCUGAAUGAGCUGCGUCAACACAUAGCAUCGUCACCUCCAAGAUACCCGGCACCACACCUUUCCAGUCAUGUGCCCCCUGCUAGGGUAACCCUAAAGGGCUUCCCUGGCCCAGGGUAACCCAGCCCUGGGGUUAGGUCUGGCCUAGGGAAUCGACCCUAGACCACUCUCUAAUAACCCACCAAGCAACAUACUACGCUCAAAGUGAAGACAUCGACCACGCACGUUUAGCAUGCCACUGGAGCUCCGCCUCUCUCGCUGCCAACAGCCUUGCCGUUCGUUUAGUCUCCCACGCGAAGAACUGCACGAAUUCGAUCGACACGACAAGCUCGCUGACCAGGCCCAUGCGCUCGUCCGCCGCCUGCGACCGCGCGCGGCUGAUCGCCGUGCCUCAUUG